AUGCCGCUCAAGACUGCACUCUUCUCUGCCGUUGACAUCCGCAAGAUGGUGUACCGCAAGUGUACAUCGCAGGCGCCGAUACGCGAAGGGUUGAUGUCUUUAGUGAGCCAGCUCUCUGAGGCGAAGAGACCUGUGUUCGUCAAUCACGAUCAUAAUCGUAUCAAGUUUCCGUACGAGUCAGCCGCGUCCGAGCACCACAUCACCCUGCCAGAUAUCAUUGCGUCAUUCCCCGGCGAGACAUCCAUCGCCGAUUAUUGGACGAACAUCUCGUUCGUUGUCGAAGUCAAAUUGACGAAAGGCGAAGACCCGAUGAGUUCAUGCACAGACGAGCACGAGAAGACGUUGGUCCAGCUGGCCAAGAGCGCGCGUAACCUUCUUGUGUCCCAAAGCAGUCUGUUCGUAUUCGUCGUCGGUAUUCACGGGACGCUGGCUCGAAUCUUCCGCUUCGAUCACGGUGGCGCCGUGUGCUCAAGGCCGUUAGACUAUACAACGGUCGCGGCUGUCGUCUCUUCCACGACUUCCUCUGCUUAUCGGUCCGGCGCAACGUGCGGUGGUUGUCAAAAUACUGCGCGAUGCAGGUCUGAACCCGCAGACACGCGCGAGGCUGCCAAGGCGUACCGCUACAACACGGCCAGGGGAUACGGGGGUCGGAAGAUAAAGUACCUAGCUGAAAUGGCCGAUUGGGAUGCAUUCGUGCGAGACGAGUGCGCGAAAAUGCGAGCGGCGCUCAAAGCGAAGUACAAGGCCAAGGGGACGCUAUACUUCGUGGCCGUGGAAAUCAUCGGCGGCGGCGUUAUCCACGAAGUUCGCCACGAUCUGGAAUCCUUUUACUGGCUUCUCGUCUGGGUCGUUCUCCGGCACUGCGACCACAAUGAUAACGAGGGUUCCCGAGCGUGCGACGCGCUUUUCGACGCCGAGAAUGACUCUAGACGCGCGAGGCAGAAGCGCGGAUGGCUGAUAGAAGAUUCUCCCAUUGUCCACAAUAACAAGCCCCUCAGCCAGUUGCUGGAGAGACUUCGUAAAUUUUGCGCACGCAACGACUCGCAGCACAAACCCUUCAAGCCCUUCACAUAUAGGAGGGUUCUGCGUAUUUUUGACGACACUCUUAGCAAGAAGUGGCCCUCGAAGGACAAGGCCAUACCUUUCGUUGUCCACAAGCAGGAUGAGGACAUUACCCUUCCUGUGGGCUCAGCCCGCCAUGUGAGCACCAUCGAAAAUAGCCAAAUCCGAUCGGACGCUCUUGAGCCCGUGGCUGUCCAUCUGGCUGGACACAGCGGCCAAUCGCGACGGACAGGCUCAGCCCGACCAACAAAGCGAGGGACGGUACAAGGGAGCGGGAAUCACUCGCCAACGGCGAACGGUAGUCGUAGCCGCAAGCGGUCGCGCGAGCAGCGUGACGCAUGGGAGGUGAAUCCUUUACCUGCGCAGCCCAAGCGUACGAGGACCAACA